ACAAGACACAGAUCUUGUGUCGAGAGCACAACGCCAUGGGCGCGGCCGAGUCGACGAACCGCAUGUUCUCGCACGAGAUUCCCUUUAGCGACGCCCCUGGGUAUGGCCCCAUCCGCACGGCACCUGGCAGCCUUCCCGUCGCAGACCACACCACGACGCUGUGGGAGAACUUCAACGUCGGGCUCGCUCACAGUCGAAACAAUCCGUACCUCGGCACGCGGACUCGAAGUGCGAGCGGCAAGGCGGGGUCGUACCACUGGAUCUCAUACAACCAAGCGCACGAACGCGCCGAACGUAUCGCGACUGGUUUCCACCACGUGGUCAAGGUUCGUCGACAGGACAUGGUCGGCCUCUUCAGCAAGAACCGCGCGGAGUGGAUCUUGACUGAAAUCGCAUGCAACCGCAUGAGCUACGUCGUCGUGCCGCUUUACGACACGCUGGGUCCGAAAGUCAUUCCGUUCAUUCUGAACCACACAAACAUGCGCGUGCUUGUGUGCUCGGGAGAUCUCGUGGCUACGGUGCUCCAGGCCAAAGCCGAAUGCCCUGCCUUGGAGUUCGUCGUGAGCAUGGAUGAUUCGAUCACGGCACGACAACGUAGCGACGCCGAGAGCAAAGGGAUCGUCCUGCUCACUCUCCACGAGCUCGAGGAUGUGCCAGACCCAACCGUUCCUCCGUCCCCGCCGCUGCCGUCGGAUGUGUCGACGAUCUGCUACACGUCGGGCACGACGGGCGACCCGAAAGGCGCGGUCUUGACCCAUCGCAACUUCACGACGGCGGCGCUCAUGCUGAUGGACCGGAUCGACUGCAGCAGCUACAUGGUUCACAUUUCGUACCUUCCGCUUCCCCACGUCAUGGAGCGUUGUGUGACGACGAUUAUUGCGCGGUUGGGGGCGAGCAUGGGCUUUUACCAAGGCGACGUCGUCCAUUUGAUGGACGACAUGGCGGAACUCCAGCCGCACUUGUUCGUAUCGGUGCCGCGGCUCUUCAAUCGCGUGUACGAUAAGAUUGUCCAGGGCGUGCGCGUCGCGGGCGGCGUCAAGAAAUGCAUGUUUGACUACGCGUACGAGGUCAAGCGCCAGGGCAUCGCGGACGGCGGCGCGACGACGCAUGCGCUCUGGGACGCCCUCGUAUUCUCCAAGAUCCGGGCGGUGCUCGGAGGUCGCGUCGAAGUGAUCGUGUCGGGGUCGGCGCCGCUCUCGCCAAACGUCAAGGAGUUUUUAAAGAUUGCGUUUUCGUGCCGCGUCGAAGAGGGGUAUGGUCUCACGGAAACGGGCGCAGCCACGACGCUGUCAUGUGCAGAUAUUCCGACGGGGCCGCACGUUGGCAUUCCCCUGGCAAACGUGCAAGUCCGCCUGGCGGACGUCCCCGACAUGAACUACACGAGCGCGGACCUGCCGCGUCCGCGCGGUGAGAUCUGCAUCCGCGGCAACAACGUGUUUGUCGGGUACUUCAAGGAACCUGGCAAGACGGCCGACGUGCUGUCGGAAGAUGGAUGGUUCUCGACGGGCGACAUUGGCGCGUGGAAUGCCGACGGCACACUGAGCAUCAUCGACCGCAAGAAGAACAUCUUCAAGCUCGCGCAGGGCGAGUACGUCGCGGCCGAGAAGAUUGAAAACGUGUAUGCCAAGAGCCCGUUUGUCGCGCAAAUCUUCGUCUACGGCGAUUCGUACCAAAGUUACUUGGUCGCGAUCGUCGUACCCGAUCCGGAGGUUGUCCAGACGUGGGCCGCGGCCAAGGGUUUGUCGGAUGCAUGCAACCUCAACGCGAUGGCGGCGCGAUUGGAUUUGAAGGGUGCGAUCCUGGCGUCGAUGGCCGACAUGGCCAAAACUGCCAAGCUGAACGGGUUUGAAUGCGCCAAGGACAUUUACAUCCAUCCUGACCCGUUCUCGGUCGACAACGACCUCGUCACGCCGACAUUCAAGCUCAAGCGCCCGCAACUCAAGGCGUUCUUUCAGCGCCAAAUCGACGCCAUGUACACCAGUGGCCCCAACUAGAAUGGCUCGCCACGAACAAAUGCAUCUCCAUGAAUCGUGUGGUUCAUCAUCUACUCUGGCCUCCAUGCCGCUGUGCUGCUGUGGGAUGCUGCGAUUUCGAGACCUGCCUUAUUGACCCAUCAUCCACACGGAAAUCGAGAGUUGGUUAAAAUGAAAAAUCGGCCGGGACUGACGUCGACUCCGCGGGAGGAUUCGAGCUGUGGUCUGUCGGUGCCGGGAACGCGGAAACGUCCCACGCAGACGUCCCGACGCUCGCUUGAAAGUCGGCAAAGUUGGCAAACGAGUUGGUGGCGUCCGCGACAUUGGCUGGCUCGGUCGCAAAUGUCGCUGUGAACGGUCCGUUGUCCGAGAAAAAACUCGGCAAGAACGGAUCGGUCGCCACUCGACGGUCCGAGGUCGACAAGGUAAAGUCGCCAAAGAUGUCGUCGUUGGUGGAGGUCGUUGCGGCCGGCGGCACGGAUGGCUUGGGAGCGUCGAACACAGGAAACACAAAGUCUGUGUCGGCCGCGACGACAGUCGUCGCGAAUGCGUCGGGCGUCAAGGACAGUGU